AUGGAAAUAAAAACUAAUUCAAUUAUUAAUAAUGAAAAUAAUGAUGAAUAUUUCAUUCCACUUGAACCUAAUCAUGCUUUAGCAUUGACUAUGAAUUUUCCACAAUUUCCAGAAGCUAUUUCAUCUAAAACUUCAUUUAUUCAAACAGAUUUUAAUUAUGAUUGUCCGGAUUGUCUAGCUGAUCUAUUUGGACCACUUAUGGCUCCUUAUGCAGCAUUGCAACAACAGAAUGAUGAUUAUCGUCUUCGUCUUGAAUAUAUUGCUUAUCAACGUUAUGUAACAAUGAAAUUAUAUUUAUUUGAUUCGUUUAAAAAAAAUUUUAAACAAAAAUGGAAACAUACAUUUCAACAUCCAUUUAAAUACGAUAUUAAAGGUUUUUUACCACAAAUAGCUACAAUAGGAAGAUACAUAUCAAUAAUGUCAAGUGGAUGGAUCUUCAUUAUUGGUAUUAUUCUUCUAGUUUUUGCAACAUAUUUAAUAUUUGUUAAUGAUCAACAACAACAACCUAUGAUAACAUUUAUUCGUACAUUUAGUAAAUUUUAUAGAACAUUCUUCUUUCAAGGGAUUAUUGGAUAUUUAAUAUUCUAUAGUAUUCUAUUAAUUGUAUCAUCAUUAUGUUCAUUAUUAGGUGCAUUAGUUUGUUCAUAUCUAUUGACUUUAUUUGGUAUAUUGAGUAUUCUUAUGACUUUUGCAUUAACUAUUGUUUUUCCAAUUAUUUUAAAUCUUUCAAAAAAUUUAUUGAUCAAUAAAUUAGAAAGACAUAUGCGAAUAUCUAUUCGAGAUUAUGAUAAUAUAUCUGAAAAUCCAAUAACAAUAUUUUGGAAUGAAUUACAAAUAAAAUAUUCAUGUUGUGGAUUAGAGAAUCCAAUAUUAGAAUAUAGUCAAAGUUAUUAUCAUAUAUUAACUGGAGAAGAUAUACCUUCAUCAUGUUGUAGAAAUGGAAUGCUUUGUACAACUACACCAAACAUAGCAAAUUCAUUUAUAGAUAAUUCAUGUUUACCACAAGCAAAAAAUUUUAUAGAUUUAACAAUUGAAACAAUAUUUAUUGGACAUAUUCUUCUUAUUGUUCUUCUUUUAAUUGUUUUAAUUAGUAUUGGACUUUUUUUCUUGUAUAUGAAAACAGCUAAACAAGCAUUAAUUAGAUAUAAUAAAUUUAUUAUUAAAUCAAUGUUAUCAACACUUGAACAAUAUGAAAAAGAAUUUGGUGUUUAUGAAAAUUCUAUGCCAAAUAAAAUAAAUUUUUAUAAUAAACAACAUAUACAAGGAAUUUUACCAAUAACACCAACUGUUAUUCGUAUUAAAAAUCCUCGAAUAAUGAAUUAUCUUGGUUUUGAUUAA